UAUUUCCCGAGUCCUUCCAAGAUUGAUUUUCUGAAAGUUUUAACUUAUCUGCGAGAUAUUUGUUAAGGUGAAAGUUGUCACAAAAAGCGCACCUAAAAAGUUUACGUAAAGUAUUUUUGCGUCAAGGCAGCUCAAAUCGUAAAUCGAAUCGUGAUUGAAUUUUAACAAAUUUCUGAAAAAGUGUGUCAAAUUGUGGAAACUAUGGAAGAAAAUUCAGAAGCUUACAAAAGGUACUAAAGUGAAUCGUAAAAGUUUUUUUUAAGGUGAAACGAGACGCACAAAUCCAACAAAUAGCUAUUUUUUAAGAAAGAGUAUUACGUGAGGACCGUUUGGGGUCGACUAUUUUGUUAAGGUGACUUUUGAAAAGACUGAAAAAGUGAGGUGUUAAGGUGACACGUGAUUUUGUGGGUAAAUUUGCAAUGUUUUAAAAACAGAAAAAACCGCAAAAGAGAGACAAAGUCCAAACGUUGAAAAGACUGAAAAAAGUGAGGUGUUAAAUCAAAAAUAAGACUGCAAACGCUCAAAAGACUGACCAAGCGUGAAGUCGUAAAAAGAAAGGAGUUCGCUAAACCAGGUACUAAGCCACUGACUAAGCGCUUAUCAUGCAAGCAAUCUCGAAGAUUAGCGGCACAACCAGCAACGUCAUCAUCAUCAAGUCCACGAUCGGCAAGUGUAAGAACAUUCGAAAGUUUAGCAACAAGCCUAUGUUUACGAAAUUUAUGGGCUGUAACUGUAACACUUUUUGCUGUGGAACGACGACGACCAAGAGUAGAAGAGUGAUUAAAAAGCGUUCGAUUAAGGGCACCAUGAUGGGUCGUUUGCAGCAGCAUCGUGACGUUAACGUCGUCGGCGUCAUCAAUCGAGGGUUGGGGGCCCAAAACUCUCAACUCAUCCAUUGGUGAAGCCUAAGGCGUUAAAAUUUCAUUACAAGUCAACGGAGAAUUCAUAUCUCUAUCAAAAUGGCACAGGCAACUGGAUUCGCAAGCGAGAGCCGUUCAUGGCGAGAGAACCAGCAACUAUCCGGCAUCAACACUAAACCUGGAACAAUUCCGCCGCUCUUACGGAGGCCUGCCUCAAGGAGACAACAACAGCCAGCAACAGUUCAACAGCUUCGUGGCGUCAAGCGCGUACCAACUGCAGCAGCAUCCGCACGCGUCGGAGUUUUCGGCCGUCAACCAUCCCAGCAGUGGUGGGUUCGGCGAGUCACAGUGGUUCGACACGAUCACGAUGGAGAACGCUUCGCCGUCGCCACCUCCGCUGGAACUGUGGCCAAACUGCAGCAUGUUCAUGGUCGCCACGGAGCCCUGGCCGAGUGGCACCAGCAGCAGAAGCGUUACAACAGGUGAACAGCUCAACACACCACAGCCGGCGAACGGCGACAUCGGUGGAUUUGAUUUUGAAAGCGUUUUCGGCGGCGACAGCGGACGGCCAGAAACGUCCCAGCAGCGAGCGGCGAAAGUUAAUCUAACCAACGUAUUUUCUAAACACGACAUCAACGGCAUCACGAAGAACGAGGGAGAGGACUUCAACAACAACAGCGGCAACAACGGGAAGGGUAACGAUAGCAGCAGCUUACAGCAGAGUGGCUUGAUGGAGCCGCUCUUUUCCAACCACAAAGAGUCCGUCAUUACGGCCGGGUUCGACUCGUGGGAGUUCGAACCCUGCCUGGAGGAGACACUGCUAAGCCCUAUCAGUUACGUGGCUACGCCACACCACAGCACCGGUGUGGCGUCUCCCGGCAGCAGCUCGGGCGAUACGUACUCUCCAAACCAUCGGAGAUCGCUCCAGGAAUCCGAAACUUGCGUCGAUUUCAACAGCAUCCUAUUUUCGCCCAGCUCUCCGAUCGUGGAAGCAAGCGAAGAGGACGACCUGUGCGCGGGAAACCUGCACGAGGAAAUCGAACAACUUUCGAGUUCAUUCUAUUGCACGUCGAAUAGCCUGGUAUCGGUGCACAGCGCCGCCCUCACCACCGCCAUCGACGACGUAUCGCCCAGUUUAAUCCGGUUGCUACAGGAGGAAGAUCAACCUCUGACAGCAGCACCGUUGCAACAACAACAACAGCAACCCCCAAGCCAACCUUCCGUUGCCGCCAACUCCUACUUCAGUGAUGCCACCAACGACGGUGAAGAUGAGCAGCAGCAGCAGCAUGUAGAACGCAAACAGACAGUGGAAGUAGUCGCAGACGACGAAACCCUCGAUGUGAAAACGCAAACGCAACUUGAACACAACUACACUAUUCAGCUACCAAGCGGCGAGGGCACGAACCCGGCUGCCGCUUUUAAGAAACAAACAACUACGGUGAAGGAAGAAAAUCUAGCACUACUAGCAAAGGCGAGAGAGACACUGAAGCCCCAAACCACCGUCCUCCUGCAGCAGCAGCAGCAAUACAAGCGGCCACCAAUCAGCCAGCAAUCGGUCAAACGUCAGCUUUUGCAGCGAAUGAAAAGCCGAAUGGCGGCGUCAUCGGCGGCGGUCCUAGCGGCCCCCGUCCGCAAGGUGCCCAACCUUAAGCUGAAGAUUAUGAACGCCGGAGAGGCGCGCGUCGUAGACGAUUCGGCGGGUCUGCUGACCACCACCCAGGUGGUGCUCAACACGCCGGAUCUGACCGAGAAUCUGCUCGACCUCGAGGACGAGUUCUUGAUCAAGGAGGACAACUUCGAUCUACUUGAGUACAUCGAUUCGGCGACGGGUUACGAUGUCAUCCAUUCCCCGAAGGAGGAGAAACCGGUCAUCAACUUUACGGAACCCGCUCCAGCAUCCUCCACCUCCACCAAUACAACCAGCAGUAAACUCUGCGGCCCCACACUCAGUGACCUGUUCAACCCGGCCAAGCGCAAGCUCCCGACCAUCACGAUCGAGAGCCUGGACGAGCUGACCGCGUCGACGAACGCCGGCAAACGCUUCCGCAGCAGCGCCGCCUCCUCGUCCACGGCUUCGUCCGUGUGCGGGGACAACGGCUCGGAGGCGUCCGCAUCGACUAAGCCGACCAAGCGGCGCGGCCGUCCGCCGAAGCCGGUCGCCUCGGUCCGCGACCGGUCCGAGUACGAGCACCUGAGCGAAGCGGACAUGCGGUACCGCGAGCAGCGGGACAAGAACAACGAGGCGUCCCGGAAGUCGCGCAUCAACCGCAAGGAUCGCGAGUCCAAGCUGGAGGAGGAAGCUUCCGAGCUGAUUGAAAAGUACGAGGUGCUGGAGGGGAAGGAGCGCGAGCUGAUCCGGGAGUGCGCCCGGUGGCGGAAGGCGGUUAUGCGGUUAGCGCUACUGUAAAUGGGACCGUUUUGUGGGCUCCCACCUCCAACCAUCAACAAAGUUAUCUCUCUCGCUUAUAGUUAUUAUUAGUUAACAUGCAGAUGUUUAUUUUUAUUGCAAACCAAUUAUUUUAAUAGAACGUAACAAUAACAAAAAUACUUGAAAAAGAUCCAAAAAAAUAUAUAAAACAUAAAAUAACAAAAAAAAACAAAUAUUCUUGGCAGUUUGAAAAUGAAACAUAAAAAAAUCACAAAACGAGGAAAGUUACUGUAACAAGUAGAAAUAAACUGUAAUUAAUUUACUGUGAAUUAUUCUCUUUUUCACAAUUAUUGAUCAAAUAAACCCUACGGAAAAAAA